AGACUGCCAACUCGAUCAACAUUUGUCAACGUAAACAAGCACUAAGUCAUCCUAAGCAUGCCUAAUUACCUGCCACUAAACUGCAGAAGACUGAAGUCAGCAUAGAAAAAGAACAAGUCUUCAAAGAAAAUUCUAACCAAAAGACACAAGACUUCCAGGAAAAUCUCAAUUCUAACAAGUUUUAUACGCGGCAAAUAAAAAGGGCAAGAACUGCAAGCAAGCUAAAGAGUAGUCAGAUUGCUAUAAAUACUGUCACCUACAUUUUGAACCCAAUACUCGUUCAUGCAAUUCAAAGAAACAUGAAUUUCUUUUCCCACCUCCAUUUUGCCUUAUUAGCUUUUCUUGUAUAUUCCAAAUACAUAUGUCUUUGUGUGGAGUCAGUCCCUCUAAGCAUUGUCACAGACAAGGAGGCCUUGAUCUCAUUCAAGUCUCAGAUGAGCCUGGAGCCUCCAAACCCUCUUUCUUAUUGGCACCAAAACUCAUCCCCCUGCAAUUGGACGGGGGUCCUCUGCAACAAACCUGGCAACAGAGUGGUUGCUCUUAAUCUUUCUGGCUUUGGACUCGUAGGAUCCAUAAGCCCUCAGAUUGGCAAUCUUUCAUUCCUUCGUUCCCUCGAACUCCAAAACAAUCAACUAAGAGGUGCUCUUCCACACCAAAUUGGUAAUCUUUUUCGCUUGAGAGUUCUAAACCUGAGCUUCAACAGCUUAGAAGGUGCAAUACCACCAAACAUUAGCAAGUUGACUGAGCUCAGAGUACUUGACUUGAUGACAAACAAGAUUACAGGGAGAGUGCCUGAGGAACUUAUCCACCUUAUGAAGCUCCAAGUUUUGAACUUGGGACGAAACCUUCUCUCAGGUGCAAUUCCACCAUCCAUAGCAAACCUUUCGUCUCUCAGCACUUUAAAUCUAGGCACGAAUACUCUUAGUGGCAAGAUACCUGGUGACUUGAGUCGUCUUUCAAAUCUGAAGUAUCUUGAUCUCACCAUUAACAACCUCACAGGCACUGUUCCUUCUUCCAUUUACAACAUGUCAUCCCUAGUUUAUUUAGCCUUAGCUUCAAAUAAUCUCUGGGGUAAACUUCCCACUGAUAUUGGGGACACACUCCCAAAUCUUUUGGGUUUCAAUUUCUGCUUCAACAAAUUCACUGGAACAAUUCCAGGAUCUUUACACAAUCUCACCAAUAUCAAGAUCAUACGAAUGGCACAUAACCUUCUCGAAGGAACAGUGCCUCCAGGUCUAGGAAAUCUUCCAUUCCUAGAAAUGUACAAUAUUGGGUUCAAUAAAAUUGUUAGCUUGGAUAAUGAUGGUCUUGGAUUCAUCACUUCUUUGACAAAUAGCUCUCGUCUUAAAUUUCUCGCCUUCGAUGGCAAUCUUUUGGAGGGUGCAAUUCCAGAAUCCAUUGGCAAUCUUUCCAAGGUGCUCUCAAAAUUAUACAUGGGAGGUAAUCGUAUUUCUGGCAACAUACCAUCCUCGAUUGGCCAUCUUAGUAGCUUGACUCUGCUUAACUUGAGCUACAAUUCAAUCUGUUGUGAAAUCCCACCUGAGAUAGGAAAAUUGGAGGAACUGCAAAUGCUGGGUUUGGCUGGAAACCAGAUAUCUGGGAGUAUUCCAAGCUCCCUUGGCAAUCUUCGAAAGUUAAACCAAAUUGAUUUAUCAGGGAACCAAUUGGUGGGUGAAAUUCCUUCUACUUUUAAGAACUUUCAGAAUCUGCUUUCCUUAGAUUUGUCAAAUAAUAUGCUCAAUGGAAGCAUUGCUGGAGAAAUUCUAAAUCUCCCUAGUUUGAGCACUCUCUUGAAUCUUUCUGGGAAUUUUCUAAGGGGAACUUUGCCUCAAGAGAUUGGGCGCUUAAGAAGUAUUGUUACAAUUGACCUGUCUAACAACCGUUUCUCAGGCAAUAUUCCCAGCUCAAUUAGAAGCUGUAACAGCUUGGAGGAGUUAUUCAUGGCUGAGAAUAUGCUAUCAGGUCCAAUUCCUAGUGCUCUAGGAGAAGUGAAAGGCUUGGAAACAUUAGAUCUCUCUUCAAACCAACUUUCUGGCUCCAUUCCUGCAGAUCUUCAAAAACUACAGGUUCUUAAGUCCUUGAACCUUUCUUUCAACGACCUCGAAGGGGCAAUUCCAACUGGUGGCAUUUUUAGCAAUCUUUCUAGCGUCCAUUUGGAAGGAAACCCAAAGCUUUGCUUGAGCUCGGUAUGUAAGAAGACCCAAGGUCAUGGAAGAUUAUUAGUCAAAGUUUAUGUUAGUAUCACUAUAAUUAUAACUUUAGCUGCGUGCUUUAUUGUUGGCUUGUUGCUCUACAAAAAGAAAAGCAAGGUAAAUAUCACGGAAAUUUCUGAAUUGCUCAAGGAGCAGCAUCAAAUAAUCUCUUAUGAUGAGAUUCGUAGAGCAACUGAUAGUUUCAACCCUGAAAAUUUGAUUGGAAGUGGGAGCUUUGGGUCAGUGUAUAAAGGGUGUCUUAGAGAUGGUGUUCGUGUUGCAGUCAAAGUCCUUAAGAAGGAAAGGACAGGAUCUUGGAAGAGUUUUCUAGCAGAAUGUGAAGCUCUGAGAAAUGUGAGGCACCGCAAUCUUGUCAAACUAAUCACAUCAUGCUCAAGCUUGGACUUUCAAAACAUGGAAUUUCUAGCCUUAGUGUACGAGUUCCUUGUUAAUGGAAGCGUUGAAGACUGGAUUGAAGGCAAGAGAAGGAACACAAAUGGAGAUGGGUUGAAUAUUAUGGAAAGAUUGAAUGUGGCCAUUGAUGUUGCGAGUGCAUUGGAUUACAUGCACCAUGAUUGUGAAGUUCCAGUGGUGCAUUGUGAUUUGAAGCCCAGCAACAUUCUUUUAGAUGAAGACAUGACUGCCAAAAUAGGAGAUUUUGGGUUAGCCAGGUUGCUCAUGGAGAGUUCAGAGGCUCAACAGUCCCUUGGCUCCACGUAUGACCUAAAGGGUUCUAUUGGUUACAUACCUCCAGAGUAUGGGCUUGGGAAGAAGCCGUCAAAAGCAGGAGAUGUAUACAGCUACGGAGUAAUGUUGCUAGAGCUAUUUACUGGGCGGAGACCAACACAUGAGAGCUUUGUGGGAGAACUAAAUCUAAUCAAAUGGGUGCAGUCAGCCUUUCCCUCCAGCAUGUUGCAAAUUCUGGAUCCUGAACUGCUACCUUUGAUGAAAAACCUGCAGAAUGACAGCCAACCCAUAAACCCUGAAAUACAGCUUGAUUGCUUGACCACAAUCUUUGGAGUUGGACUAUCUUGCACCACGGUUUCCCCUGAUGGUCGGAUAAGCAUGAGAGAUGCUCAUCGCAAGCUUAAAACUGUCAAAGACACUCUCAACAACCGUUCACCUGCCAAGAAUACGGAGCAUGGAUGAUGGAAAUACUAUGUCUUGUAUAAUCGUCGAUUAUUAUACCAUAUAUAGAUGGCUGAACCAAGCUUUGGUUAAACACUUUUGAUACUUUGAAAUAUAAUACUACUAGUCUACUACUCAUCGUGAGCUUUGGUUAGCUUCCUCCCAAAGCCCUGAUUGUGUCUGUAUUGGAUUAGCCUUGUGGCCAAGGCCUGUUUAUCUGUGUACUACUUUUCUUUUUUGGGGGUCAAUAUAUAUGGUAAUGAAACAAAAUAUAUAAAUUUUUAAUGCUA